GAGUGUAAACAUCAUGGCGCGUUCGUAGAUUACUUUUUUAACGAGCAUGAUCAGUUUAGAUUUUAGAUCUAAUUAUUUUUACUAAAAAGCUUCCAGGAUUUAUCUAUUUUACAAUUUAUUUUUUUAAAUAUUUAGAGUCUAAAUCUAAGAUGGACAUUGAUAUAUCUAAUUAUUUUCUUCAAAAUACACCCUUUCAUUCGACAUUACCAAGUUUCCACAACUUAGAAGAUCAUCAUGAUCAUACGAUCACUAGAUCUAGAUCUAGUACCGGAUCAUCCCGCGUCAAGUAUACUUGGGCAGGUCCUAUAAACACACAACUCUAUAGUGAUUCUUUGAAUGAACUGUGCCAAGUGACAAAAGAGAAUCUUGAAUGGCUUGAGAGGGUUAAAAGUGCACCAACCAGCUACCACUCUUCACGAGAAGAAUCAAAUAUGUCACCCAGUGAUUCUAGGCAGGACUUGAGUGUGAUGUUUGCACCAAGAGAAACUUUGAGCACCCCUAGCAGAUCCACAUUUGAUGAUGAUGUAUCCUCAACUCAAUCAGGUCCAGUCAACUUCUGCUAUCUGUGUCAUACAUUAGAGGAACAUCAGAAACAUCUGAAGCUGACCUUUAACCCCAAAGAAAAGAAAGCAAGGAAGAUCCCGUACAUGGCCCCAGCUCCCAGAGUGAGAACCCCUGUGGAACCAGAACCUCAGCCAAUCUUUCAUAGGACCUACAGAGUUGUUGUGUGGACAGGCGAUGUGGCAGGGGCAACAACUGAUGCUAAUAUAUUUGUCACCAUUAAAGGAGCUAAAAACAUCCUCCACAAAACCAGGCUAUUUAGAGGAAGCUCAAAAAGAAAAUUUCCAUUUGUCCAAGGCUCAUGUGAAAGUUUCUUCAUCAAAGGACCAAAUCUUGGUAACUUGGAAAUUUUGACCAUUGAGAACGACGGGGUCCAGAAAGACCAGAGCUGGUUCUGUGAGAAGGUGGAGGUGACCUGCAUGAAGACCUUGAAGAAGUGGCUCUUCACUUGCCACAACUGGCUCUCUCUCUUCAUUGGUGACUACCUGACCAAGCGGGAUUUGAUGGCCAGCUACAUAGAAAGAAAGCCAAAAGACUACAAGCUCACCAUAAAAACUGGGAGCAAGCAUUUCUCUGGAACUGACUCCAAUGUGUUUGUCACGCUGUACGGCACCGACCAGGUUUCUCCCAAGCUUCAACUUCUCAACCCUAAAAAAAAAUAUUUUCAGAGGAAAAGUGUCGAUGAGUUUCCUGUCCAUUUCCCUAGCAUAGGGGAAAUCAAAGCUUUACGAAUAGAGCAUGAUGGGAAAGGUCUCGCUCCGGGAUGGUUUUUAAAAAAGGUCACACUUGUGGACAUAGAGCAGCCUGAUUGUGUGUAUGAGUUCCUGUGCAAUGAUUGGUUGUCUAAAGAUGAAGGAAAUGGCUUGCUGUGGAGAAAAAUCUUUGCUCACAAAAAACCUUUAGUCAAAGUUUCUACAGAAAAACCCAUCAGAUAUGAGGUGACAGUUAAAACUGGAGACGUGAAAUAUGCAGGGACUGAUGCCAAUGUCUACAUUAAAAUUCAGGGCCAAAAGGGAAAAACAAAAAAACUCUUUAUGGACGAUGCUAGGAACAACUUUGAAAGGGGGACAACUGAGACAUUUCAACUAACUGCCCCCAACACAGGACCCAUCAAGUCCAUUUGUAUUGGCCACGACAACUCAGGGCCUGGCGCUGGCUGGUUUUGUGAAGAUGUGACAGUUAGAAAAUACCUGACUAAAGGGGAGAUCACAACAUUUUUGAAGAAUUUGAAAAAAAGCCACAACCCAAAACAUUUGCAUAAAAAACGUCUGUCAGAGAAAAUCAAGGAAGGUUCACUGGACGCAGAUGAUGAUGAAGAGGAAAGUGAUGAGGAUGAUGAAGAUACUGAUGGUGUUGUAUACAAAGAUGUGUUUGAUGUUGAUGGAAAAGUUGUGAAGCUGCCAGUGUAUGAAGAAUAUUACUUUGUGUGUAAAAAGUGGCUGGCCAAAGAUGAAAAAGACGGCCAGUUGGAGCGGCGGCUCACACUCAGCAGGAAAAAUAUUUUCCUUAAAGACAAAAAAGACAAACGAAGCCAGUAGUUUUCCUACACAAACAUUUCUUCAAAAAUAUUUUCUUGGAGGACAAAAAGAUAAACUAAGCCCUUAAAUUUUGAUAGACGCAAAAACUCUUCACAUUUUUCUUAACACUAAUUAGUUCCUAUAAAUAUUACUUCUAAACUUAAGCAAUAAUGUAUUUAUAAUUAGCUUUGAAUAUUCUUUAAUGGCAUGCAAAUAGUCAAUCAUUUCAUGGCUUUUACAAUUAUUUCAUAUCUUUUCCAUUAAUUUGUAAUGUAAUUAGAUCAGGAUAGGUCAGUGGCACAAACUCAUUUAAUGGCAGCAAAAUGUUCUCAAAGAUGUGUCAGAUUUUGUGUUUUGUUCCACUUAGAAUCUAGUUGAUGGAAUUUUUUACUUUGUCUUUAGGUCACUCUUGGAUUUGAACUUGUGUUUUUAUUGAUUAAAAACCAGUCUUGUGGCAAUAAUCUACUGCCAAUAUAAUCUUCUGCCAAUAUAAUCUUCUGAAAUUAAUAGUAGGACAACAGUUAUAUGCUAACUAUCUUGUGACAACUAUCUUGUGACAACUAUCUUGUGACAACAUAGUCAGUCAGUCAACUCUCACUUUUUUAGUAUCUUUAAAUUUGCUCACUGCCACCCCUAUCUUUGUAGAUGUUGAUGUCUUUCUGCACAGUGACUACUGGAAACUUUCUGUCUACACACUAUAUUAUGUGUUGGUCUACACACUAUU